GAACGUCUUUCGAGGAUUAUUCACGAUUCGCAAGAAUGACCCCGUCUAUUCCACGAGUUGGCUGGGUAGGUUUGGAACAUUCGAUCCAAUGUUUGGAUCCACAUGACUCACUCCAUGAUGCAUGAUAGUAUGGCCUUGGAUCUAUGGGCCUUGGCAUGUCAUUGAACCUCCAGAAGUACUUUCAAGCAAAUGGCUUGCCUCCGCUUCGAUACAGCAACAGAACAAUCUCCAAGGGAGAUGCUCUUCAUGAUAUGGGAGCUGGGCCUGAAGAGUUUGGUGCGCUAGUUCAGAAGUCAGAUGUGAUUUUCACCAUGAUCUCCACCGAUGAUGUUCUGGUCGAUUUGUUGAAGAAGGCUGCCGCCAUGGAGAUUUCUCUAAACGGGAAAAUCUUCGUUGACACAUCUACUCUUCAUCCAGACACAUCUGAGUGGGCAGCGAAACACCUCAGCGGCCACGGUGCGACGUUUAUUGCGGCACCAGUGUUUGGUGCCAGUCCAGUAGCAGCCGCUGGAAAACUCAUCUUUGCUGUGGCUGGUCCUGCUGCAGCAGUCACGACUGUUAGACCUCUCAUCAUCAAUAUCAUGGGACGCUGCAUCAUUGAUAUGGGAGAAGACGUGCGAAAGUCGAGUCUCCUCAAAAUCUCAGGGUAAAUCAAGAUACCUCUCCCUCAUGUGGUUAUUCUUUACCCACUAAAUCCUCGUCUAUAUGAAGGAAUAUCCUCGUCAUCAGCUUCAUGGAGGUCAUUGCUGAAGCACAGGUCUUUGCUGAAGUUGCUGGAAUUGGCACCCAGCAGA